AUGGUUGCCUCCGUCGUAUUCUCCGGCGAGACCGCCGAGAAGCGCUCCGGCCCGGCGGAUAACAUGCGCGUCUCAGUCGGCGAGGCUGCCCACACGCUUUCUGGCAAGAUGCGCUCCCGCCCGUUGGACGACUCCGUCGGCGGGGCCGCCCACACGCAUUCUGGCAAGAAGCGCUCCCGCGCGGCGGACGACUCUGCCCGCAAGCUUUCCAGCCCGCCGGAGCAUCCGCGCGUGACGCGGCUUCGUUACCGGGGCCUCAUCGCGUUCCUUCGGGCCCAAGGCUUCCACGACUCGUACAACGAGGAGUACUUGCCGUCGCCCACCAGUCCCAAGAGCUUCCACGCCCAGGUCCUCCGUCAAUUCCUCCUGAUGCACCACCGCUUCGCCAACGCCGUCGACGGCGUCGUGGACAGGUCCGUACCCAGGAACUACCUCCAACUUGACAACGGCAGAGCCAUCAGCCACGCCGAUCUGAGGCUCCGCUCCAUCUCCUUGUCCAUAUUCGCCGUCGACGAAGUCAGGGCCAACAUGAACUGGGAGACAGUGCGGCGCAAGGCAUGGCUUGCCGUCUCCAGGUUGGCUGAUUCGACUCCAGAGCUGCGAGGCUGCAUCGCGCUGCCUGCCACCGGCAUCAAGCCGCACCAUCUACUCCCAAUUGCUUCCGGUUUAUGGAGCCGGAGGCGCUACGUGAAGAAGAAACAAACAGGACGACCAGAAGCUAUCGUUAGGGCCUUGAAGAGUCAGCAGCUUAUGGUUCCAAGCAUUGGGUCGCUUGAGGAAGCAAAGGAAUUGCUGGCGGAUCUCCUUGAUGAAAGUGUACGACCUGGCGUACAAUUGACCACCUAUGGUUCCAGCUGUCCACUUCAGCCGGGUAGGAAUGAAGGUGCUCAGUUCUGCCAACCCAUAUUUGGUACUUCCACAGAAGCUAAAACCUCUGGGACAUUGUCAAAUGCAGGUUGUGUCGGGGCCUGGUGCUGUGGCGAACUUGGGCGCCAAGCCAAGUGGUGUGUCUUCUUCUGGGUGAAGAGAUAGCGGGUCCAUCUGCUAGUAGGAUGUCUCCUUUCUUCUGAUCAUGUUACCUGCUGCUGUUUGAGCUUGAGGCUUGCAAGUCUGCUCGAACUUAUCAUAAUGUUUCUUUUAUCAUGCAACUCUGUUACCAAAGUAGUACUGUACCCUCUAAGCCGGCCACUGUGAAUUGGUCAGAUUUAUGCUAAGUACUCGUGUUGUUAA